AAAGAUCGCUUCCAGUUGUACUCCGGCGAUCGCUCAAGAGCACAUUUAGUUGAAGAGAGUGAAAUUCCAGAGUGUGUUUAGAGUUUUGUGUUUUGCUGUGUCAGGUGAAAAGUAUGCAUUCAGAUCUCUAGACAGACAAUUGAAAGUGUGCACAAGUGACAAAAUGGGAUCAUCAUACGACGUCUCGAAGGUGGAUUCAGACGAGGGAACGCAUCUUAAGACCAAGGAUCGGCAAUUGUGGCGCGAUCUUGUGGCUUACUGGAUUCUAGGAUUGUGCAACAACUACGGAUAUGUUGUUAUGCUCAGUGCUGCGCAUGAUAUUCUUGCCGAAUUCGAAGAGGACACGCACGAGGAGCCGUCGCAUGACUUCCAGAGGGAGUGCAAUUACAUCUCCACAGGCGCAAUUCUGCUGGCUGACAUCAUCCCGGCGCUGUGCAUCAAAUUCAGCGGCCCUUUCCUGCCCUUCUUCGUGCACGUUCGCGUGACUCUGUGUUGCGGCUUGGCGGCGGCGGGCUUCCUGCUCGUUGGCUUCGCCCAAACAGAAUGGGUGGCGAUUGUGGGUGUCGUUUGCACAUCUCUAGCCUCAGGACUUGGUGAACUAACUUUCCUUGCGUACUCCUCCAAGUACAAUAAAAAUGUCGUCUCGACGUGGUCUUCGGGCACGGGAGGCGCUGGCAUUAUUGGGGCAGUGUCGUACGCUGGCCUCAGGAGUCUUGGACUGGACACCACGCAGACGCUGCUCGUGAUGCUCGUCGUGCCCGCGGCGGAGGUCGUGGCCUUCUGGGGCAUUCUUCGGCACAAUCACCAGCCGCAGAUCAGCGCCACGGCGGGAUCUGACAACCCAGGCGCCACCAGCGACUCCAACAACGAUCUGCAGCGCAGCCAAGAGGACGUGGAGAAGACCACGCCGUCUCAGACGUCUUAUGACGAAGAGGACGCGCCUCUGAUUGGUUUCAGGGAGAAAAUUCGCUACAUUCCCAAAAUGUUCAAGUACAUGAUCCCACUGACACUCGUCUAUCUCUUCGAGUACUUCAUCAAUCAAGGACUGUUCGAGCUGGUUUACUUCCCAAACAUCUGGCUGGACAAAGCCGAGCAGUACCGAUGGCUGCAGGUGGAUUACCAGAUCGGCGUGUUCAUCUCGCGCUCCUCCGUCAACAUCAUCUCGUUCAAGAGAGUGUGGAUAAUGGCUGUGCUGCAGUUCGUCAACGUGGUGUUCUUCCUCUUCGAGGUCUUCUACUUCUUCAGCCCCAGCAUUUGGCUCAUCUUCGCCAUCGUGCUGUGGGAGGGCCUGCUAGGUGGCGGAGCCUACGUCAACACCUUCUAUCGCAUGUCCUCUGAGCUGUCGCCCAACAGGAAGGCCUUCGCGAUAAGCGUCACCGCCGUAUCGGAUUCCGUGGGAAUCGCCUUGGCCGGUCUGGCGGCCAUUCCGACGCACAAUGCCAUCUGCAGAAUACCAGGCGGAAGGUGAAUGUAGAUCCUAGAUUAGGCCCCAUUGUAAAUCAUCUUGAAAUACUAUUAGGUAAUUUAAAGACCUCUCUUGGAUUGUGAAACAAGGGAGAAACCUCAGAAUAAAUACAUUUAGAAAGACACUUGAAACUUUGAGUGUUCGAUUCAAAC